AUGUCUUUCAAGAACCGGUCACCGCCGAGUCCUCAACCGCAACAGCGCGAUCUCAAACAACGCGUUUUCACUUGCCUCAACAAGCUCGCCGACCGCGACACUCUCGCACUCGCUUCGGCCGAGCUCGAGUCCAUCGCUCGAAACCUCACCACCGAUUCCAUCUCUCCGUUCCUUAACUGCCUUCACAACACCGACUCUUCGGCCAAGUCUCCGGUUCGGAGGCAAUGCGUGAUACUUUUGACUUUGAUGUCUCACUCGCACGGCAACAUCCUAUCUCCUCACCUUUCUAAGAUGAUUUCCACCCUCGCCCGCCGCCUCCGCGACCCCGACUUCGCCGUCCGAUCCGCUUGCGUCGAGGCGACGACCGCUAUGUCGUCUCACAUCACGAAGCCUCCAUUUUCAGUUCUGUCGAAGCCUUUGAUCGAAAUGCUCGUGGUGGAGCAAGACGUUAACUCGCAGAUCGGAGCGGCGAUGAGUUUGUCGGCGGCGCCGGAUCCCGAGACGGAGCAGCUUAAGAAGGCUUUGCCAAAGUUGGGGAGGUUAUUGAGGAGCGAAAGUUUCAAAGCGAAAGCGGCCGUGUUCGGAGUUAUUGAAAGCGUUGCCAGCGUUGGCGGUGCCGGAAGUAAAGAUAAUGGUAGCGUUGGAUGCUUUCCUUCAGUUGCAAAAAAUAUCAAUGAUGAUUGUUUUAGAACUCCCCAAUCAAAGAAAGUAGUCCCCACGAGCAAGUCCCCUCCAUCUCAUGCUUCCAAUGCGAAGAAAGAGACUCCACUGAAAAGUAACAACGGGAACAGUAACUCGUCGAUUUUUGGUAAGCCGGACUGCUCAAAAUCAUCUAAUUUGAAAAUUGAAAUCUCCGAGUCGAAAUCUCUGCUUUCCUAUGAUGACAAUACCAAAAAGUGUGUACCCUUUGUCAAGGUCAACGAUGAAAAAGUACAGAAUUUUGGUGGUUUGAGAUCGGAGUCUCGGGUGAUUCCUUUUCAUGAUAAUGAGGAGAACUUAGAUGUUGACGAGAAUCUCAAAGACAUGGAGGAUCUGUCUUUGAUCCGUGAACAACUUGCUCAGAUUGAAGACCAACAAUCCAAUCUAUUAAACCUCCUCCAGAAAUUCAUUGGGAGCUCCCAAAGUGGGAUCAAUUCUCUAGAGACACGAGUAAAUGGCCUGGAAAUGGCUCUGGAUGAAAUAUCAUAUGAUUUGGCUAUUUCAAGUGGUAGAAUUCCAAACACGGAUUCUCCGGAUAACACAUGUUGCAAGCUGCCUGAUGCAGAAUUUUUGAGUCCCAAGUUCUGGAGGAAAACCGAAGGUCGAUUUUCUACUUCAAGGUUAUCUUCAUCGGGGGCACAGGCUUUCGCUAAACGCAAUACAUAACACACCUGAUAAGGAUUCCGGCUGCGAAACCUAUAAUCCAUCAUUUAGCCAAAGAUAUCAGGUUCAAGGUAGGAGUGGAGUUGUUAUGAACUCGGUGGCCGAUGUUGGCUGUGACACGAGAGAAUUCAGGGUUCUCAAAUAGAACAUCAAAGAAUUGCAUUCAAAACG